GCAUGCGCACAUUCUAAAAGCCAAUUGAACAACGGUCGCAGAUCAAAGAUGGCGGGAGCCGUGGACUCACUGGAGGACAUGCUCUUCACUGAGGUAGAUGAGGAAGCCGUCAGUGACCUGGUCGGAUCUCUGGAGUCCCAACUGGGAGACAGAAAAACUUCUGCCGGGAAUCGGGAUUUGGCUCCGGUCUCCUCGGAUCAUUUCUCAGGGAAAGUGUGCGACCCAGUGCAGCCGCAACAAGGACAACCAACGGCUGCUCCGAGGAAAGAAUCCGGCGGCACAGAGCCGGGUUCUACUCCCAGUCUGUCCUCUACCUCCAUUUCCAUCGGUUCUGGGCUGCCCACUGUUGGAGCGGCUCCGGGUCCAGUUCCGGUAGGCGCCGCCAGCUUUCACCGGGCGGCUGUCCUGGGUCCGAGUACGGCCCCCGGAUCAUCCGCGGUUGAGGUUUCCAGGAUUGAGUCUCCCGCCCUGCAGAGCUUAAACGGCGGCCCGGUGAAGUUGGUGACCUCAACUGCAGGCUCCGGUUCUGUCAUAAGCUCUGCUACUUCCAACUUCUCAGUACCUGUAACCCCACAGAAACAUCCGAGCCCGGUGACCAGCAGCGCCCAGAACGGAGUAGAACCCAAAGGUGGUCAGCAGGUGACUCUCGGGGCCCCAGGUCCAUCUUCAUCCGCCUCUCUGGUCCUGAAUCAAAGUGGACCUAUGAUCCAACCCAAGAUUCUAGUGUCAACUUCCCCCAUAGUUCUUACCACCACGUCUUCACCGACUACACAGUCGGCCAUUAACCACAUCCAGGGCAGCUCCACUGUCGAGAAGCCUGUUGUCAACGGGGUCGCUCAGCCGGCUAUAACUGUCGUUCGACCGUCAGGUGUUACGGUGGGUGCUGCCCUGCAGCAGCAACAGAGACCCGGGCUAGUGGCAGGGUCCACUCGGCCGAAUGCACCGCAGCCCCCGCUGGCUGUUCGUCCCCAGCAGCAGCAGCAGACGACUAUCCAGCUGCCCCCUGGAUUCACCAUGCCUCCAGGAAUGGUUCUGGUGCGAACUGAGACUGGACAGCUGGUCAUGGUUCCUCAGCAGGUUUUGGCUCAGGCACAAGCCAAAACCCAGCAGGCAAUAAGACCUACAGCGCCACCUACGACUGGAGCCACCGUCCGAGUCGGCGCACCCACCACAGGUGUAGCUGCUGGGACCACGUCUCCUCAGGCUCCUGGAACUCAGAUGGUACGACUGGCCGCGCCCACUCCGAACAGAAUGGUCCAGCCCAGCAACACAGUACAGAAGGCCAUCACAGUGGUUCCAGGUGGCGCUGCUACAUCAGUGAAGAUGGCUACACCUCAGAAAGCUUUAACGGUGAUCACGACUGGAGGAACGCCUGCAGCCAAGCCUGCGGUGGUCCCACCUGCUCCCCUGACCAGCACGUCUCCUGCUGUCGUGACCAACCCGCCCACCAGGGUCACUGUGGUGUCUGCAGAAAUGCAAGAGAAUGUCAAGAAAUGUAAGAACUUUCUUGCCACGCUCAUCAAGUUGGCGUCGCACAACUCUCCCUCUCCAGAAACUUCAAAGAACGUGAAGGCUCUGGUCCAGGACCUGCUGGACGCAAAGAUCGAGCCUGAGGAGUUCACGACCAGACUGCAGGCGGAGCUCAAGUCCUCGCCUCAGCCCUACCUCAUUCCCUUCCUCAAGAAAAGCCUUCCUGCCCUGCGUCAGUCUCUGCUCAGCAGUCAACAGUCUCUGGUGACCACCACGGUCCCCACCACAUCAGUUCAACCCCCUACUGCUCCUGGCUCGGUCACCAGCACCAUCCUCAGACCCCGGGUGCCGAUCAGUCCAGCAGGUGGCGUCAGGCUAAACACGCCUAUCAGCACCACCACUGCACUGAGUCGACCUGGAGUCCAGACCGUUCAAACCCGCUCUCCUGUGGUCAUCACUCAGACACUCAAAACUCCAGGCUCUCUGAUCAGAGGACCAACCAUCAUCAGCAAGAGUCCUGUCAAUCAGACCCUUUCAGUCAACCAGAAGAAGCUCAGUGAUCCGGGUGGAGGGACCUUCAGAGAUGACGAUGACAUCAACGACGUGGCUUCCAUGGCUGGAGUCAACUUGAAUGAGGAAAAUGCCCGGAUCCUGGCCACCAGCUCUGAACUGGUGGGAACCAAGAUCCGCUCCUGUAAAGACGAAUCGUUUCUCCCAGCUGGAGCUCUACACCGCCGCGUCAUGGACACAGCAAAGAAACUCGGUGUGACUGAGGUUCCUCUGGAGGUGGUCAACUUUAUUUCCCAUGCAACUCAGUGUAGAUUGCGCCACCUGCUGGAGAAGGCAUCAGCAGUCGCUCAGCAUCGCAGUGAUGGUGGAAAGGAUGAAGAUAAAUAUGAACAGACGUCAGACGUUCGCUCUCAGCUUCGUUUCUUUGAACAGCUGGAAAAAAUGGAAAAACAGAGAAAAGACGAGCAGGAGAGAGAGAUUCUGCUAAAGGCUGCAAAGAGUCGAGCUCGACAGGAGGAUCCUGAACAGGCUCGUUUGAAACAGAAGGCUAAAGAGAUGCAGCAACAGGAACUGGCUCAAAUGAGACAACGUGAUGCUAACCUCACAGCUCUUGCUGCCAUUGGACCACGAAAGAAACGCAAAAUGGACUCAAUGGGCGGAGCUACUCCAGGCACAGCUGAGAUGGUGUCGGGUUCGGGCUCCUCAGCGACUCCCUCCCGUCAGCAACUGCGGCAUCGAAUCACUCGCGUCAACCUCAGGGACUUUAUCCUGUGUCUGGAGCAGGAACACAGCACGUCGCGCUCGCUGCUGCUCUACAAGGCUUUGCUGAAGUGAGGCGGCCGGACGUUUGUAGGGGUGUGAUUGUUUAUCUGCAGCCCAGUGAUUGACAGGUCAAACAUCACUGGCAUUUGUGACAAGAUGCUACAGCAACAGGACAGUUCCCACAAUGCACCUCUGACUUGACGGAGGACACAAAUGAUUUAUUUUGAAUGGCAUUGCAGCAGCUGCUACGCUCACCUCAGUUAAAAGUGAUGUCACACCUGACCCUGCUCUGUGAUUGGUCCAGGAAGGUUGCGUGUGUGUGCGUAUGUGUGCGUGUGUUUUUAAGGCUCCAUGUCUCUCUCUCGGAUUGGUUGUUGAGCGGUGACACGGCGCUCUCUGUUGGACUAUUUAUAUUUGCUACAUUUUACACCUGUUUGUACGUUUGAAAUAAAAAAAAAAAAAAACAGA